AUGGUCAUCUUGACGUCUUUUCGUCAAUCCCCUACUUAUUUGUACGUCAAGACUUAUUGUCUGUGUGCCCUGGUCACUCUAUUUCAAGCCACUCCUGUCACUUCGAGGUUGCAUCUUACCAAUCAACGACCUCGGCUUCGUAGCCACGGUGUUCUGACAACAAAGCCGAGCCCGCAUCACCUACCCAGGUUUCGAGACCAAGCUGGGAACAUUGUACAAAGCAGUGCCGAUUCUGCAGUUUCAGUGACCGCUUGGAGAAGGGUAGCCCAUAUCGUCGAGAGAUGGUAUGACAGAGCAGUUGACCUGGCUCAGGUCAAGGCAUUGCUGAAGCGCGAUGACCAAGAUCUCAAAACAUAUCCGGAACUUCGAUGGGAUGCGCAAGUCCGAAAUGGGUCUUCUCUGCAUCACAAAGAACGGACUUUUAUUGAAUUACGCAGACGAAAGAUAUCGUCAGCAGGCGAUGAUUCACUUCGUCACUUCCUCGAUCUUCCCCCUGGCGAGACAGUCGACCCUAGAGAUGUGCCACUUGUUGCCUUGGGCGGAUCAGGAGGAGGCUAUCGAGCCAUGUACGGCCUGACGGGCUUCAUCUCGGCAGCCAAAAAACUUGGACUAUGGGACUGCAUUACUUGGGUUGCAGGAGUGAGCGGAAGUUGCUGGACACUGGCAGCCUACUACACUAUUGCUCGCCACGACAUCUCAAGACUUGUUCAGCACUACCUUACUGUCGCGAGCGAGUUGGCGCAUCCCAUGAGUAUCCGUGCCCUUGACAUGGUUGCUCGGAGCAAGAGGGGCGUUUACUUCCUCAUUGGCCCUCUGGCGAGAAAAGCCCAGACCAGCAUCAUUGGACUGGGUAUCAUGGAUCUCUAUGCCACACUGACCACCACUUAUCAGCUCUUGUCUCGGGAGCCCAAGGGGAGACUGAGUAGGGCUACUUUUCAGUGGUCCAAGAUUUGGCUUCGUUCUGGAAUUGAUAGGGGACUCGAGCCCAUGCCCAUCCUCACAGCUGUCAGACGCGUGCCGAGGUUUUCAUACGGAUCGAAACAGGAUGUUUACUCGACAUCUUCUGUCAAGACAUUCCGUGCCAAAGGAAGGAUGGAAAAGAGUCAAGGGAGCUAUUCCGUCACGACUGCUUCGCCAGCCGAGAUGGCUGUCGAUAUAAAGCCUCGCCCCAAAAGACAAUUUCAGUGGUUCGAGAUUUCACCCCUCGAGAUCGGAAGCCCAGAUCUCAAUCGAUACAUCCCCACAUGGGCAUGGGGCCGGACGUUCAUAUCAGGCCACUCGAUCGAUCGACGCCCGGAGCAGUCGUUCUCUCUGCUGCUCGGUCAAUGCACGAGCGCCCCUGCAGGACCUUUGACAGGAUACAUAUCGACUCUGCUGGCGACCAUGGCGAAAGGAACCAUCAUGGCACGAAUGCUGUCCCUUCUUAACAGUUUUCUGAGCAUGAAGAGGUGGGAAGGCUUGUGGGGAAAUCCGAUCCGUGCGGGACACGACCCGAAUCCCUUUUAUGGCCUUGAAAGGCCAAUUAGGGCAAGGGUGCACACUGCCGAGCGGUCUCUGCACAGCCCAGAAAGAGCAAAAGUUCAUCACGACAAGAAUACAGUCUGCGAUGGUAUUCGCUCAAUGGCUGAUGUCCCAGCGGCAGAUCACUCAGUAGCUGACGUGCCAUGGGAGGCCCAAGGACGCACCCGACUGAUGGAUAGCGGCAUGUCGAAUAACCUUCCUAACCACGUCUUGGCUCGACAAGAGCGAGGGGUCGACAUCUUUAUCGCUUUCGAUGCUUCUUCGGACGUUCACACGGGGGCGGCAAUCAAGCGUUUGCACCACUUUGCGGCCGACUUUCACAUCGAGAUAGGAAAGGAAACGGGAAUAUAUCAUGAACCUAAGCAAGACACUCAUUUCAACUCACAGAGCGUCACAACUCAUGGUUCAGAGAUUGAAUCAACAUACAAAAACUACUACGCCAAAGUAUUUCAAGGAACAAGACGAAACGGCCAGCAGAUUUACAUCGUUUACUGUCCACUCUUACCAAACGGCGUAAAUCCAGGUUUCAAUCCUUCGACGGCGUCUUUUUCCACGUCGUACAAUCUCAUGUGGACACCAGAUCAGAUCAAGGGCUUGCUUGCAACAUCCGAGGCAAAUGUUUGCUUGUAUGCAGCUCACACAAUCAGACGGGUAAUGAGAAAAGUCUACGAGGAUAAGAAGGCGCAUCGACUAGCUUCGGGAGCUGAGACAACGGGCUAG